AUGACCACCACCUCCGCCUCCCCCCAGCAAGCAGAGCCCACCACCGCCGCAGCCGUAGCAUCGCCGCCGACCUCCCCGCCUGCCAAGCGCGUCAAGACCGACAACGCCGCUUCCUCCGCCCUACCCAUCAUGUCUUCCGCUGCUGCUACCAACGGCACCUCCGCCGCCGCGGCCGUGACGACCCUCGACCAGGCCCCGCCCCUGCUGAUCAAGAAGCUCUCGGACAAGGGCCGCCUGCCCACGCGCGGCAGCGCCUUCGCCGCCGGCUACGACAUCUACGCCGCGCGCGAGACCGUCAUCCCCGCGCGGGGCAAGGCCCUCGUCGACACCGACAUCUCCAUGGCCGUCCCCGCCGGCACCUACGGCCGCAUCGCGCCCCGCUCCGGCCUGGCGUCCAAGCACUUCAUCGACACGGGCGCCGGCGUCAUCGACGCCGACUACCGCGGCCAGGUCAAGGUGCUGCUCUUCAACCACGCCGACGCCGACUUCACCAUCCAGGAGGGCGACCGCGUCGCGCAGCUCGUGCUCGAGCGCAUCUACACGCCCGAGGUCAUGGAGGUCCAGGAGCUCGAGGAGAGCGUCCGCGGCGCCGGCGGCUUCGGCAGCACUGGCCACAACUAG